GCGCGCGGGGCGAUGGCGGCGCGGUGGCUGGGGCUGCGUGCGGCGGGGCUGGCGCAGGCCCCGGCCCGCGCCGUCGGGAGGAGCGUCCUUGGGGUCAUCUCGCGCCCAGGUGAGGAGUCGUUUGGCACCUGGGAAAGCUGCCCUGCACUUUGCCAGGGGUCAUGGGGUCACGAUGAACCCUGGAACUGCCUCCUGCGCCUCGGGGACAGGCCCUGGCCACGCGCCGGCCCGUCCCAUGCGGCAGUCCGACGCCCUCGGCGGAAGACGUGCGGUAGUUGCCCAGACACCUCCUCGGACUAAUGCGGGGCCAGCCCAAGGCUGAAACCGUCCGGGAUCCUGAAGAAAAGCACAACCAGUCGCGACGGUUUGCACGUUGCCUCCCGGGGCUGGCCUGGAGGCCCAGCAGGAGUGGCAGCUCUUCAGCUGAAGCGACUGCCGCAAAAGCGCACGAUGAUGCCUUUCUCCAGUGGUUUCUACUCCUCAUUCCUGGGACUGCCUUUGGCCUGGGGACAUGGCAGGUCCAGCGUCGGAAGUGGAAGCUAAAGCUGAUCGCCGAACUGGAGUCCAGGAUUAUGGCUGAGCCCAUCCCGCUGCCCGCAGACCCACUGGAACUGCGAAACCUGGAGUACAGGCCGGUGAAGGUCAGGGGGCACUUUGACCACUCCAAGGAGCUGUACCUGAUGCCAAGGACCAUGGUGGACCCGGCCCGGGAGGCCCGGGACGCCGGCCGGCUGUCGUCAACCGCCGAGAGUGGCGCCCACGUUGUCACUCCCUUCCACUGCACUGACCUGGGAAUCACCAUCCUGGUAAAUAGAGGGUUUGUGCCCAGGAAGAAAGUGAAUCCUGAGACGCGUCUUAAAGGCCAGAUUGAGGGAGAGGUGGACCUCGUGGGGAUGGUGAGGCUGACAGAGACCCGGAAGCCCUUUGUCCCGGAGAAUAAUCCAGAGAGGAAUCACUGGCAUUAUCGGGACCUGGAGGCCAUGGCCAGGCUCACGGGGGCAGAGCCCAUUUUCAUAGAUGCCGACUUCAAGAGCACGGUCCCUGGAGGCCCCGUUGGAGGACAGACCAGAGUCACUCUGAGGAACGAGCACCUGCAGUACAUCAUUACCUGGUAUGGACUGUGCGCAGCCACGUCGUAUCUGUGGUGUAAGAAAUUCCUGAGGCGGCCUCCUGCGGUGUGAGGACCGGCUGGACAAGCGAAGCGGUUUCAGGAGAGAUCCGAUUCUGUGCUGGUCGCGUGCUGCAGGUGUUUUAUCACCCUCUGUACCUCUCUCCCCAAACGAGCCAGGUAAACUGGCGUCCUGAGCCCAGAGUGUAAGGUGGAUACGCGAGGUGUUUAGGGACAGCCUUUUCAGAAUUGGAGCAGCACACAACUGCACCCCAAGUCUGACACAGAAGCUGCCCUAUGAGGGAAAGGGACGAGGACCCUGGGUUUUUGCCACCAUCCCAAUCUACUUACUUAUGGGUAGUUCAUUGGCAAUAAAAUCACUUAACUCAAAAA